AUGCUACACACCCUAAUUACCCACUUAGUCAACCCCUUAGCCUAUAUAGUACCAGUACUUCUAGCAGUGGCCUUUCUAACACUUCUUGAACGAAAAGUGCUAGGAUAUAUACAACUACGAAAAGGCCCAAACGUAGUAGGCCCCUACGGACUACUACAACCCAUUGCCGACGGACUAAAACUCUUCACUAAAGAGCCCGUCCGCCCAUCUACAUCAUCCCCAUUCCUAUUUUUAGCCGCUCCAGUACUCGCACUGACCCUAGCCAUGACCUUAUGAGCACCAAUACCCAUACCCCACCCAGUAACCGAUCUCAACCUAGGAAUCCUAUUUAUUCUGGCCCUAUCAAGCCUUGCAGUAUACUCAACUUUAGGAUCAGGCUGAGCAUCAAAUUCAAAAUACGCAUUAAUUGGGGCUUUACGGGCCGUGGCUCAAACAAUCUCGUAUGAAGUUAGCCUCGGACUAAUCCUUCUAUCCGUAAUUAUCUUCUCGGGGGGGUAUACACUACAAACGUUUAACAUCACCCAAGAAGGUAUUUGAUUACUUGUCCCCGCCUGACCUUUAGCCGCAAUAUGAUACAUCUCAACACUAGCCGAAACAAACCGAGCACCUUUUGAUUUAACAGAAGGAGAAUCAGAACUAGUAUCCGGCUUCAACGUAGAAUAUGCAGGAGGGCCCUUCGCACUAUUCUUCCUCGCCGAAUAUGCCAACAUUCUUCUAAUAAAUACACUAUCGGCCGUCCUAUUUUUAGGGGCCUCACAUAUUCCAAGCGUCCCAGAACUCACCACAAUUAACCUUAUAACUAAGGCUGCACUACUAUCCGUCAUAUUCCUGUGAGUACGAGCCUCGUACCCCCGGUUCCGAUAUGACCAACUAAUGCACCUAGUAUGAAAAAGCUUCCUUCCCCUUACACUCGCCUUCGUACUGUGACAUACUGCCCUACCAAUCGCACUGGCAGGACUCCCCCCACAACUGUA